AUGGCUGAGAUCCAAGCUAUCAACUUCUUCUUCCAAUUUUGUCUAAUAAUCCUUGCCAUCAUCAUCUUCUUCUUCCUCCUCCUCCGCCUCAGGGUACUUCUCUUCUCCCAACGUCAACCCGGCCGGCUUCCUCCGAGCACAUUAGGACUGCCGAUCAUCGGCCACCUCCAUCUCCUAAGAAAAGCGCCCCAUGAAGUGCUUCACAACCUCUCCAAACGCCUCGGACCGCUGAUCUACUUGCGCAUUGGCUCCGUCCCUUGGGUGGUCGCUUGUUCGCCAGAAAUCGCGAAAGAAUUCCUGAAAACUCAUGAUAUACCCUUUUGCAACCGUCCCAUAUCGAUUGUUCUUGAUUCCUUAACAUAUGGCUCUCAAGACUUUGCUUCUGCCCCAUAUGGACCUUACUGGAAGUUCAUGAGAAAGAUGUGCAUGUCUGAGCUUCUUGGUGGCAAGACAUUAGACCUCUUACAUCCGGUUAGGCGCGACGAGAUAACCCGAUUCGCGGCGAUGCUAUCGCGAAAGGCCAUGACUUGCGAAGCGGUUGAAGUUAGUGCGGAGAUUAUUAGGUUGACAAACAACGUAGUAUCAAGAAUGGCGACGGGUGAAAGAUGUUUUGGAGAAGAAAACGGAUCUGGAGAUAUAAAGAAUUUGAUCCAAGAAAUAGCAGUGAUUAAUGGGAAGUUCAAUUUAUCCGAUCACAUUUGGUUCUUGAAGAAAUUUGAUCUGCAAGGAUAUAAGAAGAGAAGCAAAGAUGUGAGAGAAAGGUUUGAUAAAUUGAUUGAGAAGAUCAUCAAAGAGCAUGAAGAGGCAAGGAUGAUGAAGCUGAAGGAAACACAAGUGAAGGAUUUGCUUGAUAUAUUGCUAGACAUUUCCGAAGAUGAAACCUCACCUGUAAAGCUUUCAAGAGACAACAUCAAGGCUUCCCUCAUGACAAUUUUCCAAGCUGGAACAGGCACUUCAUCCAUUACACUAGAGUGGGCUUUAUCAGAGUUGAUAAACCAUCCCGACAUUAUGAGAAAGGCAAUGCAAGAGAUUGACACGGUGGUUGGAAAUGAAAGAUUGGUGGAUGAAUCCGACAUUAAAAACCUUCCUUACCUUCAAGCCAUAGUGAAAGAAACACUAAGGCUUCACCCGGCAGCUCCAAUGAUGCGGCGGGAGUCCAGUGAGGACUGCGAAAUAGGGGGUUACCAUAUUCCGGCAAGAACUCGGCUUUUCGUCAACAUAUGGUCUAUUGGAAGGGAUCCCAGCUAUUGGGAAAAUCCCCUCCAAUUUCUUCCUGAAAGAUUUCUAGAGAGAGAACAAGCAGAGAAAGGAAAAACGACUUGCUCGGUAGAUGUUAGGGGUCAACAUUUCCAUUUCUUGCCGUUUGGAAGUGGGAUGAGAGGAUGCCCUGGAAUUUCAUUAGGUUUAACACUUGUGCAAACAUGCCUUGCUGUAAUGAUUCAGUGCUUUGAAUGGAAAAUCGGUACUAGUGAAGGAAAUGUCGGUGAUCCAUUAUUGGACAUGGAAGCUAAAACUGGCCAUACACUUUUCAGAGCAAAAUCUUUGAUUUGCUUCCCUGUAGCUAGGCACAAUCCACUUCCAAUCCCAAAAUAA